AUGCUCUGUUUUUGUGGCCGGUGUUGGCUUUGCUUAUAUUGCUUUAGGAAAUGUGAAAUAUUUGGUCUAUUGGUGAUCAAGAAUUUCCACAAGCAAACGGAAAAUAAACUCACCCUAUUAAUCUCGAUAUUUUUGCCAGUGAUCUUUGCUCUGACAUUGGUGCUCAAUGGCUAUUCGAUUGAAAACGAGCCAGAGAAGAAAUGGAUACAAUACAAUGCCGUGCCUUUGGAUGACAGCUGGAAAAGACUUCUGGAGAAGAUCAAUUGGCGACGCAAUGAAAUGAUCAGAGAGCAAUCAUCAUUUCAGAGCAAUGUGUUUGUACCACAAAUAAUUGUCGGCUAUGCACCCAAUGACACAGUUGCCAUCAAUCGAUUAGUGGAUGUGGCGCUGGGUAAAUUAUCCUUGACAGGCGACCAAAUUGCUGGCUUCGAUAGCUGUGAAACGCUUCGAGUUCGUGCCUCAGCGGAUCAGUAUAUAGCCAGUAUCUGUUUUAAUUACGAUAAAGAGAAGGAUGAAAGCUUGCCCAAUGGUUUGCCACUACAAUUGAAAUUCUCUAUAGUGAUGCCAUCCGAAUUUCGUCUCUAUGAGAGAACUUGGUUGGGCUCUAGCUGGACAAUGGAUCGGAUUUACGAUAAUCGUCAUUUCUUUGGACAAGAUAACAUCAAUGAGAAUGGCGACUGUACUGGAUACGUACGUGAGGGCUUUAUACCCUUGCAAUAUUACGUAAGUAACACUUACUUGGAAAUGUCAGCCAUGACUAAGGCAAAACCAUUGCCAAAAGUCAACUUACGACGUUUCGAUGGGAACCCAAAUAUUGUUUGGUUGUUUGACGAGGGUCUAGACAAAUUGAAUGUAUUGGCCUUGAUUGUUGGAUUUCUAUUUCCGGUAACCCUAUUAGCCAAGCAAAUCGUUGAGGAACGUGAAACGGGUCAAAAUUUUGGUCUACAAAUCAAUAAUAUUACCAUGAGCAUGCAGAAAGCUGCCUGGUAUUUUAAUGGCAUUUGUCAAUUGCUAAUAACCGCCAUUAUGUUGGCCACGAUGCUAAAGCUUAAAUGGAAUGGCCAACGAGCAGCCAUAAGGAAGUGUCCCUUGGAUUUAAUAUUCUUGUUUUUCAUAUCCUAUGUGAUAUCGGCCAUGGGUUUUGUCAUCCUAAUGUCUGCCAUAAUGCGUACCACCAAAAUGACUGUGGCCCUUGUGCCAAUAUGCUGGCUCCUCACCUGUUUACCAUUCCUGUCCGCUCAGACAUUCGGUUCCGAGUGGUCCAAUAUACUAUUCAUGUUAUCAACGAUUCUUCUUUGCAAUGUCUUGUUUAGCCAUGGUCUUAUUAAAUUGUUGCGUUUCGAGGAGUUUCCCACACCAUUGACAACUGAUCAAUAUCUAUAUUCGAAUAUUAUGUGGCACGAGCACACUUUGAUUGUGGUGAUCGGUUACUUCUAUGUACAGACUGUUAUCUAUAUACUGGUCGCCCUCAUUUUGAAUGGAACUAUUUGCCCAUGUUUGAUGAAUACCCUGAAAGGUGAAUAUUUCAGAAAAUUAUGGCAUUGUUGGCGUAGAAUGGUCAAGAAACGUCAGCGUAAACGGCGAAAGGCUCGGGAAAAUGUUGUCAGGCUAAGAGCUGCCGAAUCGCGUAGAAUAUCCGAGAUAACCGAUAAUAGGGAACAAUUCACACGAGAAAUAAUAUUCGUACCUAAGGAUCGCACCGAACUAAAAUCGGCAUCAGCAGUGUCUAUAUCUUCGGCGGGAACAGCCGAUACACUCGUCAAGCAGUCUGACGAGAAGACAGUUGAAGGCGCUGCGCAAGGCAACAGAUUUUGGGCCUGGUGGGACAAAUUUUGGGAAAUUCCUCCUCCUCCUCCUCCACAACCCCCAGCGACGAAUCCUAACGAUGAGGGGCGACGAACUGAAUAUGAAAAGUUUCAGAAAUAUGGCAUUGACACGACAACUGACAAGGAUAAUUAUAGCCCUGACACUGAUCUCAAUUCGUCCCAGGUGGAUGACAUUUUCUCAUCUCCGAUCAUUGAGUUCUCUCAUGUAUGGAAGAAGUAUAGCAAAAGUUAUGUGCUCAAAAAUUUUUCACUCAAAGUAUUUCAAGAUGAAGUUGUUGUCGUUCUGGGUCACAAUGCUAGUGGCAAGACAACUCUGAUGAAAAUACUAUCUGGCGAGAUUCAACCCACAAUCGGCAAAGUCUAUAUCUCUGGCCACAAUGUGGAAAAACACACGACAAAGGCGUUUUCCAAUGUGGGCAUGGCAAUUCAUCAUAUUGAUCUUUUCGGCGAGUUCACAUUGGCCAAUCAUCUGAUGUAUUUUUGCCGAUUGCGUGGCCUGCGACGUCGCCAAUCGCAGACGGAUGUCGAGACUUAUGUGCAAUCACUAGAACUGGAGGAUAUUCGGGAUAAGCCGGUAAAGUCAUUGACAUCCGGCCAGAAGCAACUACUCCAAACAUUGUGCGCAUUUGCCGGACGUACCAGGAUCGUGUUGCUGGACAAACCACUCGAGGGCGUCGAUGAGCAUAAGAUGCGUUUAUUUUUCAAUUUUGUCGCCGAUCAGAGAGCGGAUCGCACAAUAUUCUUGACCACAAACAAUCCAAAGGUAGCCAGCAAUUUGGCUGAUCGUGUGGCCAUAUUGGUAAAGGGAUAUCUGCACUCGUUUGCUACAGAGAAGAGUAUAUUCCAAAGGUACAAGGAUGCCUAUCGUUUGAUGUUUCAUGUUAAGGAAUCUUGUGAUACUAUCAAAUUGAAGAAAUAUCUCACAUACCAUAUACCCAAAAUAGAACUGGAAUCGAACUUAGGCAAUACGUUUGUAUAUCUAAUUAAAUUCAGUGAUUUAAUCAAUAUCGUUCAAUUGUUGGAGCAGUUGCCAACGCGUCUUGAGGACUUGCAAUUGGUUAGCUACCAUUUAAUUGAAUCCAGUCUAGAUAUCAUUAUGUUCAAUGCCCUGACAUAUGAAGGAGUUGUUGGCAAAGAAGGAAGACAAUACGACGCAGAGCACUUUAGAAACAGCAAUCGAAAAUCGGCAUUCAAGACCUUUGCAUCCAAUACGGAGGUCCUGGAAAGUGUAGCUCAAAAGAUUCGACGCAUCGACGAGACCCAUUUGAUGAUUAGAAAGAGUCAACGUUUGGGUGGCAUUCGAUUGAUCCUGGCCCACAUUGGGGAACUGCUUAAGAAGCGUUUUCUCGUCGAUAUCAGACACAGUGUGUUGCCUGCAUUUCAGGUAUUUCUGCCCAUUAUACUGGCCGUCUGGACUCUCAGUGAGCCAUAUUUGAGAUCUGCUCGUCUGGUCUUGCCCACAACGUACUUUAGCUUAAACCAAUAUGAAGCUUCCUCCAUCAGUCUAAUGCAACAAAAUGGCCCACAUACCGAACCCAUCGAUGCAGCCAUUCAACACUAUAUGAAAGAACCGAUUGUCCAUCAAUUGGCUGCUGAUAUCGAUCUUAUGGAAUAUAUACAAAAUUAUAUAUCGAAGAAUUUUAUGUUAACUGACAUGAAAUUUGUAGUUGCUGCCAUUUUUUCUAAUGAUGAAGUGGAGGCGUUGUUCAACUUCGACUUACAUCGCUCUGCGCCGCUAAGCCUGUCCCUGGUCAUGGAUGCCCUAGCCGUUGGCUAUGUGAGUCCCGAAUCAAGAAUCAUUGUGCACAAGGAAACAUUGCCCUACGCCACUAUCCAUAAAAUUGCCCUACAGUCGGGUUUAAGUACUUACGACUUUGUUUUCAAACUCACAAUGUGCUUUUGCUUUUGUUGCAUUUGGGCCCUGCCUAUGCUCAAUAUUAGCCUUAGUCGUGGCUAUCGCUAUGGGCGAAUCGAACUGUUAGCUGGCAUGAGUCAAGGUACUCUAAUGGUGGCCACCCAGAUCUAUGGCUUGUUAAAGGUGUUUGCCGGUCUUGUGCCCAUAAAUGCUGCUCUUAUCAUAUUUCGGUAUAAACUUCUUAUGAAUGUGGAUAACUAUUUAAUCUAUGCGUAUAUAGUCCUAUCUAUCGUCGUGUGUGUUCUAUCGAUUAAUAAUUUCGUUACUAUUUGGAUAAUGGAUGUCCAACUGGGCUAUGUAUUGAUAUUGAUAUUUUACUGUUCAGGCAUAUUGUUGUAUCUACUGUUUUAUGAGUUGAAAACCUUGGAUGCAGAUAAUUUUGCCCUUAUAAUGCUGGAUUUGCACCCAUUGUAUGCCCUGAUGCAUAAUUUGUUUCGUAUGUAUAAAACGUCAUUAACGCGGAAAAUGUGUCGUGAUCGUCAGACAUUUGCCACAAGUGUCUACUUGGAACUAUGUAAGAUUCAACCAAAUUGUUGUGAAAUAAAAUUGCAAAAUUUUCAAUACUCGAAUUAUUUGCUGCCAACUCAUCUGUUAAUAUUGGUAAUGUGGUUUCUGUUCUAUAUUAGACUGAAAUGGAAGUGUCUCAAACAUAAACGAAAGGAUGAGAAACUCGUCCGGGAUAGUGAUCCGGAUAGCAAAUACGAUCAGGAUAUUUUGCAUUUGAAGGAACGCCAAGACUUGGAAAAUACAUGGAUUAAUGAAAAGUCACGUGUCCGUACCCUGGAACGACCGAAUAUCAAAGAUAAAGCGUUGCAUGUGGAAAAUUUGGGAAUGUUUUUUGGCCUAAGAGUUGUGCUUAAGCAUAUAAACUUUAUGCUAGAACGCAAUCAAGUGAUGGCCAUAUUGGGACGAAAUGGCUCCGGUAAAACGGUUCUGUUCAAAGCCAUUUUGGGUAUAUUUCCGACACCAAGUAGCGGGCAUAUAACCAGCUAUCAUAAGGGGACAUAUCAGUUGCAUGAACAUGAGGACUAUAAGCAUUUCGGUUAUAGCGCCCAGGAUGAUGAUAUCAAGGAUGGCCUCACCGUGAUUGAAGCAUUCCAAUUGGUCCUACUCAUACGAGGUGUUAAAAGUGCACAUGUAAAACGAGAGGCUCGAACACUGUGUCAGGUUUUUGAUUUGUAUAAAUUUCGUUUUCAUUCAUUAACCUAUUGCAGUCGCGGAGUGAUGAAACGCUUGAGUAUUGCCAUUGCCAUGAUAGGCUACGCCGGGCUCAUACUACUAGACGAACCGUUCGCCUAUCUGGAUAUUAUAAGCCAACGUGUUCUAUAUUAUCUAAUACAGAAUUUGUGCAGUCAUGGUCGAGCAGUGCUGUAUACCUGUUCCGAUUCGCAUUUCGUCGAGCCGGCCCAUCGUUGUGUGACCCUCAAUCAGUUUGGUCGCAUGGAGGGCAUUGGCGAGCGUUUGCAAUUGCAACAGAAUGUGGCAUAUUCCCACUAUUAUCAGAUUGAAGUGCGUUUCAAUUUGCGUAGUGUGAUGCAACUUGUCUUGGCUCUAGAAACCAACGAUUAUAGCCAAUUCGAUGUGUCCACUAUUGAGCCAGACGAUGUAAAUUCUAUCGACAUCGAAUCUGAAUUGGAAUCUGAAUCGCCCGAUAAGGAAGAUUGGGAAAUCGAGUUCGAUGACUCAGUUGAUUCAAGUAUAUAUCAAUCGAGUCUCGAUCAACCUCGAUGGAAAAGUAAUAAUCGUCUAAAAUAUUGGAUGGUCUAUAGACUUAUUGAGAAUAUCUUUCCUCAUGCCAUUAUUAAAAAGAUGAGUUAUCAAACAGCUUGCUUUUGGCUCUCGAGUAAACAGUAUAGUAUUCCCAAUACCUUGGUCACUCUGCAUAAAAACCGGCAUACAUUCUAUUCGUAUUCGAUAACACCGCCUACAACUGAUUCCAUAUAUCGCAACCUAACGCAUACACAAAGCAAUAGAAAACCAUCUGAUGAAGGACAUUUCAAUUGACGAUUAACUAAAACAUGAAAUGAACUAGCCAAUUCGUUUAUUAAAUAUCUAUAUCUACCUCUUUGAA